AUGACAGAGGAGCCAAAUCAAUGUGUUGAUGAAUGUGAUGGUAAUUGCCGUGCUGAUAUUUGCGAUGACAAUGAGAGGGAAAUGAACUGCACUGGUUGCACUCAUGGUCAAGUGUGCUGUGUUAGAGAGGAGCCAAAUCAAUGUGUUGAUGAAUGUGGUGGUAAUUGCCGUGCCGAUAUUUGCGAUGACAAUGAGAAGGAAAUGAACUGUACUGGUUGCACUCAUGGUCAAGUGUGCUGUGUGACAGAGGAGCCAAAUCAAUGUGUUGAUGAAUGUGAUGGUAAUUGCCGUGCUGAUAUUUGCGGAGACAAUGAGAGGGAAAUGAACUGCACUGGUUGCACUCAUGGUCAAUUGUGCUGUGUGACAGUAGAACCAAAUCAAUGUGUUGAUGAAUGUGAUGGUAAUUGCCGUGCUGAUAUUUGCGAUGACAAUGAGAGGGAAAUGAACUGCACUGGUUGCACUCAUGGUCAAGUGUGCUGUGUUAGAGAGGAGCCAAAUCAAUGUGUUGAUGAAUGUGGUGGUAAUUGCCGUGCCGAUAUUUGCGAUGACAAUGAGAAGGAAAUGAACUGCACUGGUUGCACUCAUGGUCAAGUGUGCUGUGUGAGAGAGGAGCCAAAUCAAUGUGUUGAUGAAUGUGAUGGUAAUUGCCGUGCUGAUAUUUGCGGAGACAAUGAGAGGGAAAUGAACUGCACUGGUUGCACUCAUGGUCUAAUGUGCUGUGUGAGAGAGGAGCCAAAUCAAUGUGUUGAUGAAUGUGGUGGUAAUUGCCGUGCCGAUAUUUGCGAUGACAAUGAGAAGGAAAUGAACUGUACUGGUUGCACUCAUGGUCAAGUGUGCUGUGUGAGAGAGGAGCCAAAUCAAUGUGUUGAUGAAUGUGAUGGUAAUUGCCGUGCUGAUAUUUGCGAUGACAAUGAGAGGGAAAUGAACUGCACUGGUUGCACUCAUGGUCAAGUGUGCUGUGUUAGAGAGGAGCCAAAUCAAUGUGUUGAUGAAUGUGGUGGUAAUUGCCGUGCCGAUAUUUGCGAUGACAAUGAGAGGGAAAUGAACUGCACUGGUUGCACUCAUGGUCAAGUGUGCUGUGUGAGAGAGGAGCCAAAUCAAUGUGUUGAUGAAUGUGAUGGUAAUUGCCGUGCCGAUAUUUGCGAUGACAAUGAGAGGGAAAUGAACUGCACUGGUUGCACUCAUGGUCUAAUGUGCUGUGUGAGAGUAGAACCAAAUCAAUGUGUUGAUGAAUGUGAUGGUAAUUGCCGUGCUGAUAUUUGCGAUGACAAUGAGAGGGAAAUGAACUGCACUGGUUGCACUCAUGGUCAAGUGUGCUGUGUUAGAGAGGAGCCAAAUCAAUGUGUUGAUGAAUGUGGUGGUAAUUGCCGUGCCGAUAUUUGCGAUGACAAUGAGAAGGAAAUGAACUGCACUGGUUGCACUCAUGGUCAAGUGUGCUGUGUGAGAG